AAAAUUGUCACACAUAAGUAAAUUUUAAUUAUAAUUAAUAACAAUAAUAAUAAUAUAGAAUAAUGUGGACAUAGCCUACACCAACUUCUAGCUCUUUGCAAGUUGUAUUCUUUGUUGAAGAGUUAGCAUUGUCUUUUUUUGCUAGAAAUAAAAAUAUUUCUUCUAUGUAAUACAAGAUAGACUGAGUGUUGUAAUACCAGCCCCUUCCCCCAGUGCAACAGAGCAAACUGACGCAAAGCAGUCUCUGCAUCUCUUUCUACUAAUGGACUGGCACUUAACUUUCCCAUUGGUUAUUUAGCUCCCAUGUCAUCAGUUUUUUCUUGUCAUAUUGGGGAAACAAGAGUCUGUAUUGCAAUAGAUGGUUUUAAAACCUUAAUGGAAGCCAUAAAACACUCAAACAGUCUACCACAGGGCUCUGACUGGAACUUUUAUCAUACUCAUGAGACCUUUAACCAAAUAAUGAAUGGGGAAAGUGCUAAAGUUCUUAAACAAAUAAAUGGUAUAUUAAGAACUAAUCAUAUAGAAGGAAAUGUUCGUAAUAGAUGUCUGGAAGAAAAAACAGAUUUGAUAGUAGAAGGUAAUGAUAACAUUCUUGAAAGAGUAGCAAACAACAUUGAUGAAAUGAAUGGUAUUAAGAAAGCAGGAGUUGCACCUGUGUUAAUUCAAAAUGUUAGUGCUGAAUUACCAAUUAAUGGAUCUUGGAACAGAAUUAAUUCUGUUAAAUUUUCUGUAACACCUACAAUGGUUCCACAGGUUACCUCACAAGAUCCUAAGAACACUGUUACAUUGAUUGCUGCUAAAAAUGUAAUUAGACCACAAAAAUUCUUUAGGGAUAAAAUUAUUAAUAGUAGUAAAUUUCCUUGGGAACCAAGGAUUAAAAUCAAACCUAAUUCAAUAAAACCUUUAGCUAUCUUUCUGGAAGAGACUGAAAGAGGAGAGGAAUAUUCUCAUCCUUAUGAAUUUGAAUUGGAUAGAUUCACACCAUUGCCAAUACAGUUAAAGAAAGAAAUUCCUGUAAAACCACUACCUGUUGAAGACACACCCUUAAUAGAAAUUACGGAAGAGAGACAAUUGGAUGAAUUGGUAGAAACUUUAUUAAACUGUCAGGAAUUUGCUGUAGAUGUCGAACAUCAUUCAUAUAGAAGUUUUAUGGGUAUUACUUGUUUGAUACAAAUUUCCACUAGAGAGAAAGAUUAUAUAAUAGAUGCAUUGGCAUUAAGAGAUAAGUUAUGGAUUCUUAAUGAGGUAUUCACCAAGCCAACAAUUGUUAAGAUUUUCCAUGGAGCCGAAUCAGAUAUUCAGUGGCUACAAAGAGAUCUAUCAAUAUAUGUCGUCAAUAUGUUUGAUACCUAUCACGCCGCAAAACAAUUAGAGUUUUCCGGCCUCUCUUUGGCGUAUCUAAUGCAGAGGUACUGCAGUUUUGUCCCCAACAAACAAUUUCAGUUAGCUGAUUGGCGGAUACGACCUUUGCCCGUUGAACUGAAGAACUAUGCUAGAGAGGAUACGCACCAUUUAAUUUAUAUAUAUCAAAUGUUGAAAAAUGAUUUGUUAAAUAAGGCCAAUGGUUCCGAUAACCUAUUACUUGCUGUAAUAAAUAAGAGUACAGAGACUUGCAAACAGAGAUAUUUCAGGCCUGUACUUCGAGAUGACAGCCAUUUAGAUUUCUACAGAAAGUGUAAAAGACAUUUUGAUAAUAGACAACUCUAUGCCCUAAAAGAACUUUACAAAUGGAGAGACGAACUAGCUAGGGAGGAAGAUGAAUCUAAAGGAUAUGUUCUACCAAAUCAUAUGUUGCUUCAAAUAGCCGAAACGUUACCUAGGGAGAUGCAGGGAGUUUUGGCUUGUUGCAAUCCAAUUCCUCCACUAGUAAGAUCAAACUUAUUGGAGAUACAUCAGAUUAUCUUAAGAGCCAAAGAACAACCGUUAGAGAAGCCAAUAUUUAAGGAAGAUACUAGGGCAAGAGGAAGCACCAAGAAAAUAUCAAAAAUAAAUGUGGAUAGUCCGUUAAAUUGUCCACAUGAUUUGACAAAAGCAAAUGAAUUUCGAGAUGAUUUGCCGACUCUUUUGGGAAAUAAUAGUCCAAGUUUAAUGAACUUGUCAAAUGGAAAGUUAGAGAAUGAAACUGAUAAACCAAUAUGUUCUGUAUUCUUAACCCCAGAUAAUUCGGAUGAUGAAGAGCAGAAAAAUAAAAUCAACUUUAAAUUUUUGAGACCGUUUGAGAGGUAUAAGUUAGUUAGAAGCUAUAUUCAAGCAGAACAAGAAAAAUCGUCGGAAGCUGAAAAUAUUGAAAAUGGAAAUCAAAAUCAAGAAGAAGUUAUUACUAUGACUGACGAGCAGAGAAUUGAGGAGAUUCGACAACACUUUUUAAAACUUUCAAAAAGCACUCCUGUAGCUUCAGAACCAGAAUUAUCCUUGGUACAGAUGGGUGGCACAAAAAGAAAACGGGAGCAUUCUCCCUCUGUGACAGAACAAUCUGCAUCUGUACAUCCGGUCUUUUUACCAAUGUCUACUGAAAUGACUAAUAACAAAGGGGAUAAUAAUAGUCAUAAAAGGAAAUCUAGUGACAAUGCCGAUGGAGCGCCUCCAGUUAAAAUAAGACAUAAAAAUCAGAAGAGGAGAGCAGCUAAUCAAAAACAAAGGUUUACGAAAGAAAGUGAGGAAGAAAAUCAAUUGGAUGGUCAAAAUCAUACUAACCAACCCGAUAAGCAAAAUAAACAAAAGCCUCAAAGGUUUAGAAACAAACAAAAACAAAAGAAAAAAUUCCAACAAAACCAAACACGUCCUCAAAAUGGUCACGAUGAUCAAAACAACGAAGUAGAGUUUAAACCUUUCGAUUACAGUUCAGUUGAUUUUCGACAAUUUCAAGGUGGUGCUGGUAGUGUUUCCAAACCUCAAGAGGUUAAAAGUACUAUUCGUUUUAAAAGACAAAAACAAGGAGCCCUUAAAAAUAACAACAAAUCAACGUUCUUUAGACACAGUGGAGGAAAAGGAGGACAUCGUGGUGGUGGGGGAGCUAGAGGAGGAGGAAAACCAGGGAAAAGUUUUUAA